AUGAUCCUUCGCGACAGCGACGGCAACAUCGUCUUCUCCGCUUGCCACUCCAUACGACACUGCUCCGGACCUCUUCAAGCUGAGCUUUUGGCAUGCCAUGAGGGUUUGAACCUUGCUCUUCAGUGGUCUACUCUCCCAGUGGACAUCGAGGUGGAUUGCAUGGAUGCAGUCAGGUUGAUCAAGUCGCCCACUCUUGACAGAUCACCUCAUAUGAUGUUAGUUCAGGAAAUUAGAAGGCUCUUUGGUGAAAGGGAUAACUCUAUUGCUCAUGUAAGUAGGAACCAGCACGUUGUCAGUCAUACCCUUGCUGGAUUCGGACGCUCGGAGGGCCGGACUGCAGUAUGGUUGCGCUCUGGGCCUGCAGAUGUUCCUCUGCUUUGUAGGAACGAACUCAUCAUGCGUUGA